CUUUAUAAUUUAAACUUUAUAUGUCACAUACCCCUGAAAAUUACUCUAUCGUACAACAAACCUUUUUCUAAAAAAAUGUAGAAAUUUAUAUAUUGUUUCCGGGUUUUAGAAUAAAUUAUAAAUACCUACCGAGAAAAAAAAAAUGUAUUCCAAAAAAAAUAAAAAUUUCCUAAAAAAAAAAAAUUAUUUUUUUUUCCCACUUUCUUCCAUCACACCCCACCCCUUCUUUGUAAAUCGUUGAAAAAAUAAAUGAUGAAAUAUUUUGUUUUAAUUUUCAUCAUCGCUACUAUCGUUAGUGGAUGUAGCGUUAAAGUAAAUGCUGCUUCAAUACUUUUUAAUUUACAUACUAGAUCGAUGCAAAGUCCGCAGGCCGGAACAAGUCCUAUAACAGAAGAUGGUCCACCUCAACCAACGGAAGUACCUUCAUCAUUACCAUUAUUUUAUUAUAACCAAACUAUCGAUCAUUUUAGCAAGAAUUCAGGAAAUUUCUUGCAAAGAUAUUAUGUAAAUUCAACUUUUUAUAAAGAAGGCGGUCCAAUAUUUCUUCACACACCUGGUGAAUCUGGUAUUAAUCAAAUAAUACCAACAAGUUCUUUUGUUAGUAAUUUAGCAGCAAGUUUUAAUGGAAUGUUGAUAAGCCUUGAACAUAGAUUUUAUGGUGAAAGUUAUCCACCAAUUAAUGAUUUGUCAACUCCAAAUAUGAAAUUUUUGACAAUUGAUCAGGCAUUAUCGGAUUUUGCAAAUUUCAUAAAAUAUCCACCAAAAGAAUUAAAUAUUACAAAAGAUUCUAAAUGGGUUAUGGUAGGAGGUUCAUAUGCAGGAAAUUUAGCUACUUGGAUGAGAAAAAAAUUUCCUAACCUUGUAUCUGCCGCUUAUGCUUCUUCGGCUCCAAUAGAAGCUAAAUUAGAUUUCUUUGAAUUUGAUCAAAGGAUAGCUAAAGCUUUACCUUGCGCACAAAAUAUUUCUGAUGCUUUUAGAUUUGUUUAUGAUCCUAUUUUAUUAUCCGGUAAUGAAACUGCCAUUUUAGGAUUAAAACAACAAUUCGGUUUAGAAAUGCUUGAAGAUAAUAAAGAUUUUGCUUCCGCUAUAAGUCAUCCAACUGCUAACAUUGUACAAAAUUAUGUUCAAUCUCCUGACAUACCUGAUCCUAUAUUGUCCGUUUGCACUCCAUUCUCUCAAGUUCAAUCAUCAUCUCCUGAAACUUCCGCUUUUAUUUAUGCUGAAGGUGUUAAAGCUUUUUUAAAUAUUACCGGUAUAAUAACUCCUGAGGAUAAACUUGCAAAAUUCGCUACAACUUCUAUAAAUACAAAAGAAAAAAAUGAUUUGGCUCCUUAUACUUAUCAAUAUUGUAAUGAAUUAGGUUAUUAUCAAACUUUUCCAAAAUCUUCUCCAAUAAGUACUCGUUCUCAAAUUAUAGAUAUUGAUUAUUAUCAAGGACAAUGUGAUUUCUUAUUUCCUGGAAUACCUUCUUCUCCAACAAUUAAAAAAACAAAUAAGAAAUUUGGUGGAUUCAAUGGUAAAUUCUCUAAAACUGUUUUUGUUAAUGGCGAUAUUGAUCCUUGGACAGCUUUAACUGUCAGUAGUGAAUCAGCUAAUCCAAAAGUAGAAAAAGAUACAAUCUUUCUUAUUAAAGGUGGUUCUCAUGUGACAGAUUUUGCUCCUCCUUCACCUUCUGAUUCUGAAUCAUUACAAGAAGCAAGAGUUUUUGUUUUUAAUACUUUAGUUAAAUGGUUGUAAUAAAAAAAUCUAUUAAAAUUAUAUUAGUAUAGUAAUAAAUAAAAAAGGUAAAGUGUGUGUAUGGGAAUAAUUUUAUUUAAUUUAUUUUGUAAUUUUUGUAUUUUAAUGUAAUUACUUCUCUUUUUGUUUUUUUUAAAAAAAAAAAUUAAUUUUUAUUGUCCAAUUAUUUAAUAAAAUAAUAAUUUACUAAAGUAUUAUAGCUAAUG